AUGUAUACUCACGGAAAGAGCUGUAAUCAGGUUAUGUACAGAGAUAGCGAGAUCAUGACAAGAACCCAGUCCUUAGCAAAGCAUAUCAGACAUACUGAGAAAAUAGAGACUCCUUAUACAGAAUCUCCAAGGAAGAAAACCUAGAUCAGUUAUUCGAGAGCCAAUAACAAAACAAAACCUUAUAUUGGCUAGAUAUCCUGAUCUUCCAUUCCAAGUAGGACUGAGAAAGGGGCGGUCUAUAAAUAAUUCCAAGAAGUAUAGAAAGAAUAAUAACUCAGAAAUGUCUUUUCUUAACAGGACUUUUCUCUGAGACAGUCGAAGAAGGACUCUUCAUAAGUUUAUGAGAGGAAAUCUAAAUAAAAGUAGCAUUCCUAGGACUAGCCAAGAUAUCUUCAGGCCUUCUAACUGGAGUCAAGCAAGGAAGGAAAUGUCAGAGAAUAAUUUUUAUCUAUGAAGAGAGUACUAUGAUCAAGAGAAGGACAAAAAGUAUUCUGAUUGGCUAAAUAGCAAACAAAGGUUUAUGGGAAUUCCUUUUAUUGCUUCAAGGAAGAAGACUAAAGACUCUGUUCCUCGUUGUAAGGAUCCAGGAGAGUUAGCCCUUCAGCAAUAUGUCAACAAUAAGAAUAAUUAUAGCACUUUUGAUAACCAAAAAGAUCUGAAGAGGUCGCAGAUUCUAUCAAACUUCAAACAAAUUACCAGAGUUAUUACUAAAAGUUAUAUGAAAUCAAAGCCUCAUAAAUAUAAGGACUCCAAAAAGUGCGACCCUAAGAUUGAACAAAAGAAGGAAGAAGAAAAUAAGAGCAUUUUUAAGAUGAACAAAAUUCUACGUGAAUUAUUGGUCAAAGACACAGUGACAAAGACUAAAGCUUAUCCUACAUUUAAGUAUGUUGACCCUGAGGAUCUGAAGCAAAGGGAGUAUAUUUAA